GGAAAGAUUCUUUAUUAACCAGGAAAUGAUAAUAAAUUAAUACAACCUUUAAAUUAUUUAUCUUUUUCUCGAAUAAUUCCUAUAUAUAUUCAACGUUUCAGUUUAGUUUCAGAACUUUUUAACAAUUCUAAACAAAAGCAAAAGUUUAUCAAUGACUAGUAUAAAGCGCACUAGGAUUACUAAAAAUGUCCCAUUUGACGAUCUGCACAAACAUUUAUCCCAACAAUAUGAAGGUGAUUUUUAUUCUUUUCUCGAAAAUACUGAUGUUGCAACAAUACCUUUAACUAAAUCAGAAUGUGAUUAUUGUGUGGACACAUUAUGGGAGAAUUAUAUCAAUACAGCUAAAAAAGAACGUAAGCAAGAAAAUUCGUUAAUUAACUAUCAAGAUGCUUCUAUGCCUAUAUGGUUCAAAACAUUUGGUGAAAAGCCGUUUGGUGAAAAGAGCUUAUUCAUUUCACUUCAUGGAGGUGGUAAUACUGAACCUUAUAUUAAUGAUUCACAAUGGGAAAAUCAAAAAAAUUUAUAUACCAUCGAGGAAGGUGUUUAUUUAGUCCCUCGAGCUCCUGGUAAUACUUGGGACUUAUGGCAUCGACCAGAAAUUGAUCAUAUGUUUGAUCGAAUUAUCGAGAACAUGGUUAUUUUUGAAGGUGUUAACCCAAACAAGGUAUAUUUAACGGGAUAUUCAGCGGGUGGUGAUGGUGUAUAUAAACUUGUUCCACGAACAGCUGAUCGUUGGGCAGCUGCAAAUAUGAACGCAGGACAUCCUAAUGAUGCGUCACCAUUGGGUUUACGCAACACACCAUUUACGAUCCAUGUAGGAGCCGACGAUUUUGCCUACAAUCGAAAUAAAGUUGGACAGGAAUGGGCGGAAAAACUUGCAGAGCUUCACAAUGAAGAUCCUAAUGGUUACAUUCAUUGGGCAGAAAUUUAUGAUGAUAUGGGACAUUGGAUGAUGGGAAAGGAAAAGGCUGCACUAGACUGGAUGGCACAGUAUACUCGAAACCCGACACCUGAUCGUGUAGUCUGGUGGCAAGAUACUGUUACGCGGGAUCGAUUUUUUUGGUUGGAACUUCCAAAAGAUCAAAUUCGUGAAUAUACCAAAGUAACUGCCACGCGUGAUGGUCAAAAUUUCGAUAUUCAAACUAAAGAUUAUAAAAAUGUGACAAUUCUUUUGAACGACACUAUGGUGGAUAUGGAUUCUCCGAUCAAAAUUACAAUGGAAGGGGAAGUUUUGUUUGAGGGUAUUGUACCACGAACUAUCGGUGCAAUAUCAAGAUCAUUAAAACGGCACGGAGAUCCGUACUUAAUAUUUACCGGAGAAGUGACCGUCUGUACUGAAAUACAAGAGAAUCAAUAAUAGAAAUAAUUUAAAAUUAACGAAUAACAUUAUUAAUUAUUUAGACAUUUAGGAAUUCCAAAAUUUAUUGAAAUUUGUCAAAACCAAAAUUAUUUGAUUAUUUUGUGUUGCAUCAUUUAUUUGAUUAAAAUUAAUUUAUAACGGUCAUAAAUUUGAAGUAGCUAGAUUUUAAAAUUGUAAAAUUUUAUAA